AACGGAGGAGACAAAGAACCUUAUCGGACACCGGGUAUCGUCCCUUUUGAUGGCUCAUCAAUCGAGGAAGUGCUCCCCAAGAUCAAACGCGUUGCACUAACAGCGCUCAAGGUUGACCGGGAAAUCGUCGUCGUCGCAGCCGACAACGCACCUUCUGAUGUCAUAUUGGACAGAACUGACUACCUUCAGAGGACGAAAAACCUACUGGAGGAUCGCCAGUUGUAUGUUCCACGUGAAAUCAGCCCCACCAAAAGGCUCACAUGCGAAAUUAAUCUGACCCUGUUAGCAUUAGAGAACUCGAGUGCAAUAACGCCGUCUGCUCGAUACAUGGCGAGAGCACAAGAAAUGGCCUUGUCCCGCUUGUAUGACCUCACCAAGGUGCAUAAGGAGGGCGAUCCUCUCCGACCAAUUGUAUCACUGAAAGGCACUCCAACGUAUCGCGUGACAAAGUGGCUGUUUCGGUGUCUCAAAUUUCUGACCGUUGAUUUGGAGACCAUGGUCUGUUUAUCAAAACAGUUCUUGGAGAAACUCAAAGGGGUAAGUUUCCUGUCAAGUGAUAUAAUGGUUUCCUUCGAUGUUACGUCUCUUUUUACUUCUACCUCUCGAGAUCUGGCAGUCGAGACCGUUGAGCUACUCCUAUUAAGCGUAUACGAUGACAUGGGGAAUCGCAUAUGCCCAAAUCCUGCAGCUCAUAAAGUUCUGUUCCAGGACGUACUUCACUUUUGA